AUUUUCCCAACAAAGACCAAAACAUAUACAUUCUUAAACUACUAUAAUGGAAAAAUUACUUCAGUGGGCUGUUAACAAUACUGAUCAAGAGGAUCUUCAGCGUAAGGCCGAGGCUGUCCGUCGCGGUGAGCUCAAAGUUGAUCCCAAGCGUUAUGAUCCCGCAAUUAUCGAAGCUAUUCUCGGAAAGGAUGAUGCAACCCGCAUGAAGGAGGCUGUGGCUUGUAUCAAUGACAAGGAAGAUACUUUGAAGAACAAGGAAAUCGCUUUGGACAACCUCGAAUUAUUGAUUGAAGGCAUUGAUAAUGCUAUGAACAUUGAAAACAUGAAGUUGUGGCCUAGUAUCAUUGCCCAGUUUUCGGCCGAGGAACCCUCAUUGCGCAAGGGAGCUAUCUGGGUAGCUGGUACAGCUGUUCAAAACAACCCAGCAGCACAAAAAGCCCUCUUAAAAAAUAACGGUUUGGAGCCUCUUGUUGCGAUUUUGAAGAAGAAGGACGAAGACAAAGAAGUCCGUUCGAAAGCCAUCUAUGCCAUUUCUUGCUUCCUCAAGCACUUCAAGGAAGGUGUCGAGGGAUUUGAAUCAUUGGAUGGAUUUAGUGCUCUGGCGGGUAUUUUGAAGAAUGAGCAAGAUCCUUCUAUUUUGCGCAAGGUUGUCUUUUCUUUUAACAGCUUGAUGCUUGAAAACCCUCAGUUGCCUAAUAUCUUACUGGCUCACAAUAUUCCGGAGGUGCUUGAUGGUGUACUGGUCAAGUACACCGAAGAAGGAGAUGAGGAUAUGGUAGAAAAGACACUCCGUACUCUUCACACCCUUCUGACCCACUCCAAGACUUCACCUACUACCGAUAUCAAGAAGCACAUCGAGGCUGCACGAACCAAAUUUGGAGCAGAAUAUCUUGGCCUAGAUGAUGCCGAAUGGACUGAAUUGUUGAAAUAAUUUUCUUUUAAAAAAGAAGAGAAUAUUCUGUAUCUUUUUUUUUCUCUGUAAAUAUAUAUAUUAUGAAGAUAGAAGCUAACAACCUUGGAUAAAGGAAGUUUAUGAAUAAUGAAAAAGAAGAAGAGAGAUUCAAAGUGU